AUGCCCACAAAGCCAAGGGUCAUCUUAGGACUUCUCACUUUUGGCCCACCAGAAUCAGAGCUUCAUGGUUCUAGGAUCACAUCUCUGACUGAGUACAACCGAUGCUUGGACUACUAUCAAUCGCGUGGGUACAGUGAGGUCGAUACAGCUCGUACAUAUGUCGAUGGCUUACAGGAGAGCUUUACAAGAGCUGCAAAUUGGAAGGAAAGGCAGCUCCUCCUUGCAACAAAAUGCUAUCCAACAGAGCCUGGGAUACAUUCGAAGUCAAGCAUUAAACAGAUUCUUACCACGAGUCUGCAAGAGUUGGGCACCAAUCAAGUUGAAAUAUUUUAUCUCCAUGCACCAGAUCGAUCAGUACCCUUCGAGGAGACAUUACAAGCUUGUGAUGACAUGUAUAGGGAAGGAAAAUUUCGAAAGCUUGGUCUGAGCAACUAUGCUGCAUGGGAGGUAGCUGAAAUCUGGAACAUCGCAAAUCAGCGCAAUUGGGUCAAACCGACAGUAUACCAGGCUAUGUACAAUGCGCUGACAAGGGCAAUUGAGGAGGAGUUGGUCCCUUGCUGCCGAAAGUAUGGCAUCGACAUAGUCGUGUACAACCCGCUUGCUGGAGGAGUUCUCAGUGGAAAGUACAAGAACAAGGAAGUGCCUCAGGAGGGUCGAUUCGCAGAGACUGACCCACGAAUUGGCGGAAUGUAUCGUGAAAGGUAUUUCAAGGACAGCAAUUUCAAGGCACUGAAAUUGAUCGAGCCCGUUGCAACAAAAUAUGGCUUGUCUCUGCUAGAGAUAGCUUUCCGCUGGUGUGUACAUCAUAGCAAGUUGAACAUGAAGGAAGGUGGUGAUGGCGUCGUCAUUGGUAUAAGCUCUCUGACACAGCUGGAGUCAAACCUGAACGACCUUGAGCAAGGGUCAUUGCCAGAGGAGAUUGUAGAAGUGCUUGAUCAUGCAUGGCAGAUCACAAAGCCGUCAUGUCCGCUGUACUGGCGUUGA